AGCACCAUUAUACUGUUUCUUUUAUUUACCUUUUUAUCAAACGGCAACAUGGAAAUGGAAAAUCCGUAUUUUUGGAAUGAAUUUGAAUUAAAGCAGCCUCCUUUGAUGACCCUGCAAGUGGAGGACACGGGUUUUGCCAAAAAUGUGUUCGUGGUUAUCAACAGGUUCGUGCAACAGUUGUCCGAGCCGGAGGCCAAGGAUUUCGAGGAGACGGCUGCGUUGAUUGGACGUCUGAUGGCGCGCCGGAAGAACUCCUUCCGCCACAUGCCGGGAUUCCGGGCUGUCUGCAAACUGAAUUCCGCGCUGUGCCGGCUGCUCCGUUUGGAUUUGGCCAGGGAUCUGAUACAGUUCCGCGGUGCUCUGCCGGAUGUGUGCGAUGAGGAGUUGGGUGGCGCCAUGCCCACGCGAAGCAGCUUCGAGUUUGUUUUGGUGCGCCUGCUGGGCUUCUAUCACCUCCACGAGCGGAUCAGGGAAUGCUGCCUCAUGGCGGCCUCCUAUUUUACCCAACUUCUGCGCAACAACUACUUCAUGGAAUUCAUCACGCUACUCAUUGCCGCCAUUGCCAAGAUCAGAAAGCUGAGCUCCCUGCAGGCUAGCAGAGGUGCCACUCUAUACAAUAAACUAAGGCCGCAUGUGGCCAACUUUCCGCUGGUGGCCAAGCACAAGUUCCUGGCGGAAGGACAAGCGCUUCCUGCUAAAUUAGAACCUCCUAAGAGCACACAGAUGCCAGCCACAGCAGCCAGCAACCCCCCUGAUUUAGUUCUGAAGCCAAAAAAGGUGGUAACCAAAAUGGAAAAAGCCAAACUGGAGGCCAAAUCCGAUGUGGGCACUGUCAUAGCCAGGAAGGAGACACCCUCUCAAUCGGUGACCAAAAGCAAAUUCAACGAAGAGGCCCUAGCCACUGUGGCGGAUGCACAGAAGUUUAUUGUGCGCGAGACCAAGGCCAGGAAGCAGAAUCCCCCUCCAGAAAGCUGCCUGACCAAGAAUAUAUCCAAGCACGAAUGGCUGGCUGCGCAGACGUUGUUUCAGCGCAAGAUGACAAAGGAUCCUGCCAAGGCUUUGAGUAUAUUUCGCAAGUUUAUUGUUAGUAAAAUAAAGCAAUAAUCAACAUAAGAAUACAAAAA